AUGGAGUACCCUCCGCAGUAUCAACAGCCUCAUGGCCAACAUCCGCAUGCCCCGUCGCACAUACCUGGAUCUUACCAAGCGGCCCCACAGAACCCUGGUGCCCCCGUCGGGUCCAUGGCAUCCCCCACCAAUCCCCAGGCUCCAAUGCAACCGACACACCCUGCCCAUCAGACCUCCCCCAUCGUCCCAUCGCAACAGCAUUACCAGCAGGCACAAAAUGCGCCGGGCGCUGUUCAUCAACAAAUGAACUUCCCUCAGGGCUAUGGUGUCCCCGCAGCCAUGCCCCAGACAUACGGGAUCUCCCCCACGCAAGCCGCCGCGAUGGCCACUGCAGCCGCAUCCGGACAGUUCUACCCGCUGCAUCAGGAUGUGACUGGACAGAUGGCUCAAGGGUCGCGAGGCUCACCGCGUAUGUCGUCCGGGGUACAGAUGAAGCAGGAUCGGAAUCCGCGGUCGCCACCGCAGAUGGCAGGCCAGAUGCCCCCGAUGGGUGGACAAGUUCAGAUGCCUCCAAAUGCGCAGUUGCCUCCCCGGCGGAUGAGCCACGUGGGAAGUCCUGGGGUGCAAAAUGCGCAGCCCGUGAUGAACCAUGUUGGCCGACCCUCCAUAGCUCCCCCAAUGGGCGGUCCUCAAGCGGCCGUGCAACCGCACCAGCCGUCCCCUGAGAUGGUGGCUAGCAAUAACCAGGAGGAGUCUCCCCUGUACGUGAAUGCCAAGCAGUUCCACCGCAUUCUGAAGCGCCGGGUUGCUCGACAGAAGCUGGAGGAACAGUUGCGUUUAACUUCCAAGGGCCGGAAGCCCUACCUUCAUGAAUCACGACACAAUCACGCCAUGCGCCGACCUCGUGGUCCUGGUGGCCGUUUCUUGACGGCGGAUGAGGUAGCUGCCAUGGACAAGAAGGUCGCCGAGGGAGACCCAGACCCGCUAGCCGAGAUCAUGGGAAGAGAGAAUGGCUCUUCCACCAAACGAAAGUCAAGUGAAGUGAAUGAGGAUCAAGUAAAUUCCAAGAAAACUAAGAUCAUCGCGAGUGCCGAGGCAAGUGAGCAAGACUCUGCUGACGCCUCUGAUGAUGACGGUUGA